AUGAGGCUGACGGCCGACCUCAUCCACAAUUCCCUGUCGUACCUCAACCCCCUGAAAGAGCGCGAGCUCGACCUGCGAGGCCACAAAAUCCCCACGAUUGAGAACCUGGGCGCCGCCGGCCCGCACGAUGCCAUCGACUUCACCGACAACGACAUCGCCACACUCACGAAUUUCCCGCUGUCCCCGCGGCUGAACACGCUCUUAUGUGCACGGAACCGCAUCCAAGGCGUCGACAAGAGAAUCGCCGAACAGAUCCCGAAUCUGAUCAGCCUGGUCUUGACGGCGAAUCACGUCAAGGAGCUCGCCGACCUGGAAGGCCUGAGUGGGUGUGCAAGACUGACGCAUUUGAGUUUGCUGGAGAACCCGGUGACGAGAAAAGAGCACUACCGACUCUAUCUGAUCUGGACAAUCCCGUCUUUGAGGUUUCUCGAUUUCCAGAAGGUCCGAGACGCCGAACGUGAGCAGGCCAGAGACCUGUUCGGCACGGCAGACGCGCCGACCGACCUGGCGGCCAGGAUCAAGGGCGUCAAGAGUCGAACGUUCGACGUGGCCGGAACGGGGGUCAACGGCAAGGCGGAGGGGGCCAGAAAAGGCGUGCGGACCCAGUUGACGGAAUCGGAGAAGAAGAGGGUGCAGGAACUGAUCAAGAGCGCAAAGAGCUUGGCUGAAAUCACCCGCAUUGAAAAGGAUCUGGCUGAAGGAAGGAUCCCUGCUGGCGCGGCCGACGCUGAUCGAAUGGUGUCAUGA